AUGGUUGUCCUGAAUCCAGUGACUUUGGGAAUUUAUCUUCAGCUUUCCUUCCGCUUUAUCGUGUCUCAGCCUGCUUUCAUCAACAGCGUCCUCCCCAUUUCAGCAGCCCUUCCCGGCCUGGAUCAGAAGAAGCGUGGCGGCCACAGAGGAUGCUGCCUCCUGACGCCCCCUCCACCCCCACUGUUCCCACCACCAUUCUUCAGAGGGGGCCGAGGUCUGCUUCUCUCCCCAGACAUGAAGAAUCUCAUCCUGGAACUAGAGACCACGCAGUCCUCAUGCGCGCAAGGAUCGCUCGGCUCCCCUGGGCCCCCUGGCCCCCAGGGCCCACCAGGACUUCCUGGCAAGAUAGGACCAAAGGGAGAAAAGGGGGAGCUUGGCCUACCAGGAAGGAAGGGUAGACCCGGCCCCCCGGGUGUUCCUGGCAUGCCCGGGCCAGUCGGCCCCGAAGGACCCAGGGGUGAAAAAGGUGACCUGGGUAUGAUGGGCUUGCCAGGGUCAAGAGGACCAAUGGGCUCCAAGGGUUACCCUGGAUCCAGAGGGGAAAAGGGAUCCAGAGGUGAAAAGGGUGACCUGGGUCCCAAAGGAGAAAAGGGUUUCCCGGGAUUUCCUGGAAUGCUGGGGCAGAAAGGUGAAAUGGGUCCAAAGGGUGAGCCUGGGAUAACAGGACCCAGAGGACCCAGAGGAAGACCAGGAAAACGAGGCAAGCUGGGGCAGAAGGGAGAUAGUGGAGUAACGGGCCCACCAGGCAAGCCUGGGCCUUCUGGUCAACCUGGCCGUCCAGGUCCCCCAGGCCCCCCGGGCCCCCCAUCCGCAGGACAACUUGUGAUGGGACCCAAAGGGGACAGAGGAUUUCCCGGGCCUCCAGGAAGCUGUCUUUGUGGAACCCGUAUGAAUGUGAAUAACCCUUCCUACAGGGAAUCCAUGUUUGGGCCCAGUUCCCCGCACGUUCCUGUGAUUUUUGUCGUCAACAACCAGGAGGAGCUUGAGAGGCUGAACACCCAAAACGCCAUUGCAUUCCGCAAAGACCAGAGAUCUCUGUACUUCAAGGACAGCCUUGGCUGGCUCCCCAUCCAGGUGACCCCCUUCUACCCUGUGGACUACACUAUAGACCACCACGGCUCCUGUGGGGAUGGGGUCCUGCAGCCUGGGGAGGAGUGUGAUGACGGGAACAGCAACGUGGACGACGACUGCAUCAGCUGUCACCGGGCCUACUGUGGAGACGGUCACCAGCACAAGGGCGUGGAGGACUGUGACGGCUCUGACUUUGGCUACCUGACGUGCGAGACCUAUCUCCCUGGGUCGUAUGGAGACCUGCAGUGCACUCCGUACUGCUACAUCGACUCCACGUCCUGCCGCUACUUCACAUGAGGGCCGCGAGGAGGAGGAGGGCUGCGUCUUACGGAACCGGCAGCAGCUCCUCCACCCUCAGCAAAUUGACUUCGCGCCAUCCUGGUCCAGUUUCCACCACCUUCGUGCGACAACAAGGACAAACUCUUGCUGCUAAGACAUGCUUGUAACUCAGUCCGACUGGAAGAACUUAGGACUACUGCAUCCUGUCUUAAUCCAGAGUCCAGGAAAACCUUCCACGUGCCCGACCUGGGAACUGUUUCCCAUUGCUACCAUCUGGCCGAAUAGCCAAACCUACAGUGCCCUUUCUCUUCUGGAAUGUUACUGACCCACACCAUGGACUUGGCUUAGAACUGUUAGCCCCACCUAGACCUGCAGGGCCUUUUGAAUUUGUUCUCCUCCCACUUGGGGCAUCUGGUGUACAGGCCUCUCCAAUCCUCUGACCUCUGGAAAUGUGGGCAUUCUCACCCAGGGCAGUCGGCUGUCAGGUCUCUCCAGGCCCGUGAACCACAAAGCAGGGAAGUGGGCCCAUUCUCUCGGAGUGGCUCCCAGCUCUGGACCCACUGAGGAACCCCUCAACUGGCUACGGCCCAGCACAGCCUCAUGUGGAUGCAGCUUCCCCAAGAAGAGACCCAACUGUGAAAAGGUCCUGAGAAAGCCACCGAAAUGGUGCUCUGGCCCUGGAAGAGGGUGGAGGCCCAGCUGGGGUGCUCAGCAUGUGAACAAUAGCAGAUCAGUGGCCUUCUGCUUCUCAGUGUUUCCCAAAGGGGUAGCCCUUGUGGUUUCAUUGUCCCCAGCACCAUCUUGACCUUGUGGCCCUCGGCACCUUGACCUCUGUCUUGCAAAUGCCCCUUAUGUCCCUUUCUUGUUCAGGAGAUUCACUACCAGAGGGUGACCUCCUAAGUCUACACCUGGGCAGGCUUU